AUGUCUGUGAAUGACGUGAGUCACAAACGAGAGAAAUAUGAGGGCCACCUGCGCGAUCUAAUAUUACUUCUUUUUGCGCAGCCCGUGAAACGCGGCUUCUGCAGUGAAUCAAAACGAGCGCUUGCUGUGCUUGUGUGCGGUUUUUCUGUCGUAGAAGUCUCUCCCUCCGGGAAUCAUGCACCUCGUGAGCAAGAUCAUCUGUGGUUAAUGGGUAGGCUCUUAGCUCUGUGCAAUCACCUCGCUCAUUCCGUUUUCAUGCCUAAACACCCUGUAAAGCACACAACACUACAGCUUUUAGAAGGCGUUGCAAAUCCAGCGGAGCCCCUCUCGUUCACCGUGCUUUUCGACUUCUCGACGUGUAACGGACUACGUUUUUGCCUGAGAAGCUUCUCGCUUUGGCAUCUGGUCAGCCUCACCAUGCAACCUCCAAAGACCGAAUGCCAGAUGCAGCAGGAGCAGUCAGACGAGCUGUUUGCGCGUCAGCUUCAAGAACAGCUGAACAGUUCACAUGGUGUUGUUGAUGUUCCGCCUCCGCAGAGCGGACCGUCGAAGUCAGUCCAGGAGGCCGCCGAUGCUGCUUACGCUCGCCAGCUUCAACAAGAGAUCGACCUUCAAGAAGCCGCCACCGAUGUAGGUGCCUCUAGAGCAAGUGAUGAAGAUAAGAUCCCCGUGGAGUGCCCUGCUUGCACCUUUGUUAACUACAUGAAGCCAUCUAGGUCGUCGAAGCACUGGAAAUGUGCUCAGUGCAGCGGACCUUUGAUGGAAAAUGCAUCGCACUCGAGCCCUGUCUCCCACAAAGACCUCGUGGAGUGCAGAGUGUGCCAUUCCCUCAACAAGCUCCCCUCGACGAAGUCCGAUGUUGUUCUAUGUGGUGGAUGCUAUCAGGAGCUCGGCUUGCCCCUGAGCAGCGCUUCACCUGUAGAGAGCGAAGAAAACCAGCGUACAGUGCAGCUUCGCUGUGGCCAAUGCAGCGUGAUCAAUGCUGUGACUGUCGGUGCCAAGGUGAAGAGAUUAGAGUUCAUAUGUGGUGGCUGUGGUGUAUUGAACACGAUGACACUUGAGUAA